AUGCCAAAAACCGAACUGCGUAAAGGGCCGUGGGUCGAGGAGGAGGACGAACAACUAGCUGCAGCCGUGGCCGUUUUAGGCGAUAGAAGAUGGGAUGCAUUAGCAAAAUCAUCAGGUUUAAGAAGGAGUGGAAAGAGUUGCAGGCUGCGAUGGCUGAACUAUUUACGUCCCAAUUUAAAGCACGGAAAUAUUUCUCCGGAGGAAGAAAAAAUAAUCUCCAAACUACACGAGAAAUGGGGCAAUAAGUGGUCAAAAAUUGCUAGGAGAUUGCCGGGAAGAACAGACAACGAGGUAAAGAACUACUGGAGAAGUCACUUGAGGAAGAAAGGUAGUGUUCUUGAUCAAAAAGAAUGCUCGGAAUAUGGCACUGCCAGCCCUUGUUCGUUCCACGAUGAUCAGAGGUUUUCGGCUAAGGACGACGAAUCGGGACCCUCGGAUCGCGAUUCGUGUGAUGAGCUCGAGAUGUUGACUUUUGCAGCGUCGUCGCCUUACGAAACCAGGUUGACCGAGUGGAUGUUGACUUAUGAUGACCUUUGUGAUAAUCAGGAAUGUACAUAUGAUGAAUGGAUCAGUGCUAGUUCUUGGUUUGUUUCUCUAUGGGGAUGA